UUCUUUUGAGCGGUCGCGCAGGCAGCGGCUGCGGGAAGCCGGAGAGCGGGCAUCAUGUACUACAAGUUCAGUGGUUUCACGCAGAAGUUGGCGGGAGCAUGGGCUUCCGAGGCCUACAGCCCGCAGGGAUUAAAGCCUGUAGUUUCCACAGAAGCACCGCCUAUCAUAUUUGCCACACCAACUAAACUGACUUCUGAUUCUGCUCCGUAUGAUUAUGCUGGGAGAAACAAAGUUCCAGAGCUGCAGAGGCUGUUCCAGAAAUCCGAUGGUGUACCCGUACACCUGAAACGGGGCCUGCCUGACCAAAUGCUGUACCGGACCACCAUGGCGCUGACAGUGGGAGGGACCAUCUACUGCCUGAUCGCGCUCUACAUGGCAUCACAGCCCAGAAACAAAUGAGUUAGGCUGCAGAGGACUGGUUUGCUUUUUGGCAUAAACCCUUGGAAUUUUCAUUUUUCAUUGUAAAGUUUUCCUUUUUUACUUGAAUGGUCUACUUAACAUUUUGCAAGAAAAAUAGGAAGAUAUUAAGACAGUAUUUUGGUUUGUUUAUGAAAUGCACAUGGCCUGUCAGAGCUCAUUCGACAGUUAAAACUGUUUAAAGAAAUGCUUCUGCUCUCUGAGCUUGGCUCCUGAUUUCCCUGGAGGUUCUGGACGAAGGUUGCACACAGGCUCAUUAAGAGCAGUCUGUGCUUAGGUCCUUGGGGACUUAUGGUGGUGUUUUUGAGCAGGGGUGCUGAAGCCUUUCUGGAUUUGGAUGUGACUGAGGAAGGAAGACCAAAGCCAAGGCCAGGCACAUGAAAUGAGGGGUUUGAGUUAGUAGUCACCUUGGGGAUUUUUCCAUCUUGCAGUAAAAUGUUAAUAGAAAUUAUCUGCAGCCUGCCUGUAUUCAUUGGGUAGUUUGUUUCAAAGGGUUAUUUGCCUCAUCUCAGAUCUUUAAUGAAAUUUUGUGUGUAAUUGUUAUGUAUUUAUUCCACCAUGGGAACAGAGAACACCUGUUUAGUGUUGCACUUUAGACCAAUAUCUGUUUUAUUAAUGCAGCUGUGACACAAAUUCUCCUUUACCUUUUAAAAAUGUUAUGGCUUUAAAUUAUGAUUUAUUUUGAUUAUGGAAUAAAUACAUGGAUUAAAAAACUCAAGUUUGAAGUCUUUU